GUUUAAUCAUGCCAACAUCGUCAUGGAACAGAAGGCAAAUGGAAUAUAAACAGAGAUUAUUACAGGCUGAGUUGAUAAACAGAAACAUGAGCCAGCAGAGGUGAGUAAUGCAGUUCAAGGUAAACAGAUGAUGACUUAGCUGAGAAGUAACAACAGUGUCUCUUGUAGUGAUGUGACAUUUGACACCGAAGCUUCGAAGCUUGUAUCAAAAAAACGAAACAUCUCACAGUGAAGCACUGUACCGGAGCUUUAUUCGUGCCAUAACCACGUGAUCUAUGACGCCCGAAGCUUUGUUUUCGCACACAACCACGUGACUGCUUCGUAUUCUGAUUCAAAUAGAGUACCUCAGGGAUGACGUGUUUUUGUAGGCCAACCCGGAAGUUAGCGGCGCACGGGUUCCCUCGAUUGAAAGCCUAUGCUUUUUUCCUAUAGACUUUUGGAAAAUCGCAAAAAGUAAGCUCUGUGUUUAACAAAGGGUUAUGACACUUACACGUUUUGUCUAUCAAGAUAAUCUUUACAAGUUAACACAACAUUUAUACAUUUUGAAGCCUAAAUAAAGUUGUCAGAUAUAAAAAGCUAACAGUAGGCUAUAAACGGACUACAGCACACCAUGGUCGCGGAUCAACGUCUCCACCACCAAGCUUCCUCAAACUUUAUUUAAUAAUAAUAUUUUAAAAACAUGCUCGCUCAUUAUGAUCUGCGCUGUGUAUGAAUACUUAUCCACUUUUUCAUGAGAAAUGCUGUCCAAAUGUCCUGUUUGUCAUGAUGACGGCUAAAGUACCUGCCAAAGGAAGUAGUCCCUUUUAGCAAUUUGUUAGCAACCGCCGUUUUUAAGACACAAUAAAGGUUAAAAAAAAAAAUCACAAGCGGGUUAUAACUGGUGUGUUUUAUGUCAUAGAUCAAAACGUGAAAAUAUGUAGAGGCUUUGUUAACCACAGACCUUAUUUCAGGCGAUUUAGUAAAAACCCAUUCAAAAAACCCAUUGACUUCAGGGCGAUGGAACCGGAAGUCCUAAAAUGCUAACUCGCGUCCAGGUUUUGCCUACAAAAACACGUUAUCCCUGAGGUACUCUAUAACAUGAACCCUUGCGCAGGUGUCAUUCGCUUUUUUUGAUAAGAAUAAAUCAACACGAAUAAAUAUUUACAUGUGUAGUUUUAUGCAUGUUCAGUUUGUAUUUAUUCCGAGUUCAUAAGUAGGCUACUUCAACUGAGCAUUCUAUGUUUAUUUUGAUAAUAGCCUAUGCCCAAGCUUGCCUAUUUUUCCCCAAAAAAUUUAUUCCAAGCCUCAUUUAUUCACAUUGUGCAAGUAAAAUGACACGUGAAAAGACUAUUUUUUUAUAUAGACUAAUUAUUUUCAUUGUCUUAUACGCAUUUCAUAGCACAAACUGAUAUAUUACAUGACAGUCAAAAAAUGGCUGGGUCGUCUGGGACACAAAGGCAGUUUUUUCCACCUUUUGACCACAAGAUGUCGUUAUAGUGUGCACCGUUUUAAAAAGCUUCUAGUAAUGAACCUUUUUACGAUACAGUUGAGAGCAAGCCUCGGUGCUUCACAAAGCUUCAUUUCGCCAUCACUAGUCUCUUGUUCAGGUGCUGCGGUGAUGGAGUAGGCGAUGCAGAGGAUCCAGGGACACGACGACGAGGGGAACAGAAGACACAGCGGGUAGGUACUCAGAUUCUGAAGUGUUCAUCGAUGGAUACUUUUCUAUCCCGGCCUUCCCAGGAUACGUCAUAAUCGAACAUGGAGGACAACAGCGAUGUGGGUGUUUUCAAAUGGACAGAUGAGCACACGUGUGUGCUUAUCUGGUGGAGAGAGGCUGAUGAAGGAAUGAUGCCACCAAAGGCUUUGAAGCUUUUGGUGGAGCAGGGCCUGCAAGGCAAGAGGCUUAUUACAGGGAUAAUCCAUCUGGAGCAACCUGGAGUAAAGUGCCUUGCUCAAGGACACACUUGGAGGUGGCUGCAGAGAUCGAACCAGCAACCUUCUGCUUACCAGUUCAGUGGAUUAGCCCACUACACCACAAAAAGUAGACAUGCUCAUGGAGAGCAGGCACACGAAUGUUUGGAGCAGACACAGCGACAGCCAGAUUGUCCUGCGCAUGUUCUCCCACUCUUGCUUCAAGGUUGUGGGGAUCAGGGGGGCGGUCAUCAUGGCCUUCCUCAUCCUCUGGUUCAGUGAUGUCCCCAUUGAGAAGAGUGAGAAAAUAGAGCACCAGCUUGUUUUCAUGCUUCAUGCACGGGAGUGCCUGCUGUUGAAAGGAGCCUGCACAGGGUUCUGUACAGGCUCUCUGUAUGAGGUGAUGAGGCAAAUGGGUGCAAUGAUAGCCUCGAUGUCCCUUUCCCAUCCAUGAGGGUGGGCCCCAGUGGUCAACUGCUGUAAAUGCAUGACUGUUUGAACAAUAAGUUUGAAUAAAGCUUUGUUUCAUGUGUUGUUGAAUUGUAUAUGUAUUUAUUUAUUGUGAUCGUUACUUUUAUUCAUUGUUUUACUCUUUUAAUCAGGUUUCCUAAUUUUCCAAGUAAAUAAAUUACAAGUAUUUCAGUAAUUUCUUUAAAUUCAGAAUGUCUUCCAAAUGCAACUUUCAUAGAGUCAGAACAGCUCGAAGUACAACUACAAGUGCAGGCCUUAAAGUUGUUUUUUUUUUUUUUUUUUUUUUAGCCUUUGUGCAGUGUGAAACAACACAUAGACCUUCACAAGUGUUGCAUUAUGAUGAGCUCGUCAAUUUAGUUGAGCUGAAUGCAACAAGAUCACACUUUAGCUGUUAUAUUUCAGAAAACACACACACAUUAUUAGUGAUGUAAAAAGAAACCUUAACCUCCUCAUAUGUUUGUUUGAAGAGUCGUUGAUGCCUGGCUGAGGGCGAAUGACUUUUCUGAUCUUCUCUUUUCUCGUUGUUGCUCCUGAACUCCUGAAAAAAAUAACAAAGAGAAAACAGAUUCUAACAAAAACAGACAAUCAGCAUCUGUUCUUCACUUUUGAUCUACUAGAUCAUCUAAGGGAUUCGACUGAUUCAAGAUGCUGCUGAUCAUUGAAGCUCUUCUUCUCAUUUUAGCUGCUCUAGGACAGGAUCACGGAGCUGCUGCAGGACAGAUAUUUCCACUGGAUAUGGCACUGAAUUCUGUUGAUGAUCAGUAUGUCGGUUGUAGAAAGAAAAUGGAAAAACUGGUGGAGACAAAAUAUCUGAAGAAGGAACUUAAUAACUCAAAUGAUUUUAGAAAUGCUUGGGAAAUAAGUGAAAAGAAUGUUACCCGUAAUUGGAAUAUUUUCAGCACAUUAAACAAAAAACAUAAAAUUGCCAUCUUUAUGUACACUCACCCAACUUUUAAAAUUUAUCCUAGAUUCAACAAUGACACUCGUAAUGGCAAACAAAUCUACACAGGCAUGACAUACAAAUGGUAUUCACUUCACUUUUUGUUAACAGAUGCGAUACAGAUUCUAAAGAAAAAACAAAAUAGAUGCUUUGAUACUUUUCGUGGUACAAAUGUUAAAUUUGAUGGGCAUGUUUUUACAGGCAUUCGUUUUGGCUCAUUUACAUCCUCCUCUUUUUUUCGUGGCAGAGCAAAAGGUUUUGGAAAUGUAUCUUGUUUUGAAAUCCACACAUGUGAAGGUGCUAAUGUGACAAAAUACUCUACGCUUCCUUAUGAGCAAGAGGUGCUGAUUCCUCCAUAUGAGAUGUUUAAUGUCACUGCUGUCAAGAAAAUAGAAAAUCAGAAAGAUCUCUGGUGUCAGACUGUGUUUGUGUUGAAUAGCACUAGAACAAGAAGUGACCUGAACUGUGCUUUGUUCAAGAAACAAACCGAGACCAUAACAAAGUACUAUAGUACUUUGUUGUACCACACAGCAAAAGUAUUCCGCGGCGGAUCGGCCGUGGAGGUAUCGCGGCUUCCGGAACGUAUCCGCGAACGGACCCGUAUCGGCUUCCACUUGCGCGCAGUGACGGAUCUGCAACGAAGGCGGAUCGCGGACCCGCCGUGGCUCCGCCCUGCAUCCGCGAUUAAAACCUUACCUCCGCGGCGGGUCCGUUUGGAACCCGCAAAUUGAUACAAUCGUUACAGUAAAGGCGCGUGCGCGUCCGCGGAUCCGACAUGGGUCCGCUCAGGAUCCGCUGAUUGACAGUAGAAUUUACGGCGCCGCCCGGAGGCGGAGCUGAUCCUCUGAGCGGUGCCAAAACGAAUGUGACAGUCACGCGGGUUUGGCGACUUGAAUGCGGAUCCGCCUAGGAGUCUCCUGCUGUGUGGAUAUGGUGUUCACUGAAGAAAGUGCUUUGAAUUUACAUGAUAUAGUCAUGUACAGUUCAGGACAAUAUAUAAUGUAUAUUGAUACAUGUGACACUGUGUUUACUUUGAAAGGCUAAUUCAAAGAAUAAGUAACCUGAACUGUGCUGUAGCAAGUGGAAAACAAGUCACUUUUUCUAAUGAUGUACUAACAUUAACAUUAUUUUGUUGUGUUUACCAACUUACUAUUAAUCUGUAGAUACUGCAUGUUUCUUGUUAUUGAACAUUGAUUGUAUUGUUUUACUGAAUCACAGCAUUUGUCUGAUUUGUCUCCGAAGCACUGGUUCAAAUCAAAAGAUUUGUAAAGGCUUAUAACAUAUAAGACCCAUGUAUGUAUUACAUAUGUUUAUUUUUUCAUUCAUAAAUAGAUAAAUAUCAAAAAUGUUAA